AUGGCCCUCUUUAAUACCGGAAACUCACUGUCGAAUGCUCCUGGGGGCAGCCUUUUUGGUCAGCCUAACAAUACCUCGUCCCUCUUCGGCCGACCCGCAAACCAGCCGCAAAAUCAGAACCAGCCGCAAUCCAACCCGUUCGGCGGGAGCUCGUUCAGUCAGCCUCUAGGCCAGCAACAACAAGGACAACCACAGCAGCAACUGGGUGCUUCCGGGUUCAUGAACGCAAGCCAGGGGAUCGCACAGCGAUCCAGCUUAAUUUGGGAGCCGGGACGUGAAUCAAUCAUUCACAAACCUGUCACCGAGCAGAUCGAGAGCAUGCUUCUCAAAUGGCAUCCCGAAAACCCGAAUACAGCUUUCAAAUACUACUUCUACAACAAGGUUGAUCAAGCGCGCAUUCCCUUCUACCAGCCCUCACCUGCCGAAGACCCGCGAGAAUGGGAGCAGGCCGUUCACGACAAGCCCGGCCCCGGCUACAUGCCUGCCCUUGCCACUGGUUUUAAGGCGAUUAGCGAGCGUCUCACGAUGCAGAAGCAAGUGCUUGGGAACUAUCGGCAGGCCUUGCACGCGAUCAACUCGAGCUUAGAUGCCAUCCUCUCACAGAACGAUCUGCAAACGAGCGUACGAGCCCUCAAUGCCAAACGGAAGCACGCGAUACUGCGGCAGAGAUGCCUAGCGCUAGCCACCAAGGUCCAGGUUCUGCGCAACCGGGGAUACUCGCUAGACAAGGACGAAGAUGAGCUCAAGACAAAGUUGGAGACACUCGAUAGAGCUGUGACAGACCCGGCGCUUAGCGCGAGAACGGAGGAGCUAUGGAGCCGUCUGAUUAUGCUGAGGGGAUAUGCCGAGAGUCUACAAACCGAGCUCGACCGACGCGGCGCAGAGGCACAGGAGGGAGGAAUAGGGGAGGAAGCCCAGGCGCAGGCUAAAAAGCUUCUAGAGGCCUUCGAUAAGCAGAUGCAGUCCCUGAAGACCCAACUGGAGCAAAUCAAGAAGGACUAUGAUGAGUGGCAGUCCUACACAAAUCUACCCUCGAAGAAGUAG